AUGCUGAGUGCCUCCUCCGCAUGGCAGCGAAGAAUUGUAAUCUGGGGGCCCACUGUAAGCUGGAGGGUUGGAUCCUCCCCCCAGUCCCCCACCGAUAGUACGGGACGCGCUAGGAUGGUAGCGCAGCUCGUGGCAUCCAUGCCGCAGACGCAACGGAGAAGGAUGUUAGCCUAUUACUCCUUUGACAGCCAUGUCUAUACAAAACGUACAAUAGCCGGCGUGGGGAAGUCUUGUAGAGGCUACAGUAGAGUAUGUAGACUAAUCUAA